CUGACAUUUUCAACCGAAUGGAUGGGGGAAGAACUAAAGAGGAAUUAACAAAAACCUAUCUUCUGUAGCUUCAAACGAAACAAAACAGAUCUUUUCGGCCACCGGGUAUGCUGUUUCAACAGAUGCGUACUAUCCGAUGAGUUCUCGUCAAGAUGACAUGUUUGAUCAAAUUGUUUUCCUCGAAGAAAAUAGCGAAAAGCUUGGUUAUCAUGAGGGGUAUAAAGAAGGCAAGUUGAGAGGGUGGAUGGAAGGUUAUGAAAGUGGUUUACAGCAAGGAAAGCUGGUUGGCAACGAGAUCGGAUUCUACGAAGGAUUCAUAGAAAUAUGGCAAGGUAUCUGCCAGAAAGACAAAAAUAAAAAGAUAAACAUGAAGCUGAAUGCAUUGUCUAAUCUUCUUAAACAAGACUGGAGUGACACAACCAGAGAUAUAAUGCCGGAGUUGCAUACUAUUAGGGCAAAGUUUAAACAGAUAUGUUCUAUGCUUCAUGUGAAUAUCGAACAUUCAGGAACAAAUGCUGUCGACAAAACAUCAUUUUGAAAACACAGAGUAAAACAAAAAAUAUAUGUUUAGUUGUUACAUCACUAGUCUAUAAAGUAAUGUAAUUCACAUCGGACGGGAUGUUUCAACUUUGGGGAUGCUGUUAAUGUCAAUAGUGAGGGAAGUCUGGGGUCUACCCCUUUGAAAAAUUACAAGCUUCUAUUGUUAGCUACUAUGAAUUUGUCAACUAGACUAUUUAAAACUUUUAACUCAGUUUCCUCCGUAGUAGCAAUGCCACUGCUGUAAAUUAAGUCCAACUUUGAAUAAAUUGUUCGGUAUAAUUUGUAAUAUAUAUCUAUAAGGUCAUGUGACCACAAUGUUCUUUACAAUAAACUAAACAAAUAUUGUA